CUGUGACGACAAACAUGUCUGUGCAAUGCGUUGAAUCAUCAGAGCCCCAUAGGUACUACAGAGCGGCUCAUAUAAGGAUUAUAAGACGUGGAGUUGCCUCCUCGCUUCUUUUCGCUCAAGUAAUCCAUCGGCUUUUAGUUGUUAACCCUGAGCCUCUGGCCGCAGGCAGUCUAGGACAAAAUAUCACAUAUUUCCCCCGUUAAGACAAGCAUUUCUCCGAAAAGCCAAUUAGCAUGCUCGGAUGCAGCCUCACCAAUCUUGCUGCACAGAUCAGGUGGCUUCCCAAAAGGGAGAAGAUUCUCGAAGAGUCACCCGAGCAGGUCCCGUCUGGUCUAGACAGCGAUGCCUUUGGUCACCCGGUCCUCAUUGUCACCAAGGGAAUGGACGAGAAAGGGAGAGUUAGCGUUUUACUGAUGACAUCCUUCAAGAACCGAGACAUCCUAGCCAGAUUCCCUGGAACUCUGCCCACCGACCGCCGCAACAGGGAGCCCUACUGGCCCAUCGCCCCGACACCCAAGCAUCCGGAGACCGGGAACCUACUCAAGUUUAAAGACGAGAAACCCAUGGACAAAGAAUACUCCUACGUUAAUAGCCAAGCAUCAUACCCCAUCCGUUACGAAAUUCUCAAGCCGUACAAGUCCGGAGACACAGAGGACGUCUGGGUCCUCGAAGAGGAGUCUUUUUCGGAGCUUACCAAAGGACGGGACUAUGAUAAACUCCAUAGCAAGUCGUGGAGAAGAGGAUGGGAAGAAACGCCUUUGCCGCUGCCGGAGCCAGUGAAAGAGAGGGAGGAGGAGGGGAAACAAGCCUCCAAGGCCAGCGAUGCGGGGACGUUUGAUCUUGCGAAGGAGUAUGAGAAUAAGGCAUGGAGGGAGUAUUACGAGGAGAUUGCGCAUUUCUUGCCAUGGCCCGAUUAUAGAAGCUGUUUUAUUUUUGGCGAGGUGGAUGAUGCCGAUCCUUGAUAGGGGAUGUGGAAGAGAAGGGAAGGGGGCGAAUGGUGGGUUUGGGAUUUUGGAUGACCAAGGAGCCUUUGAGUGUUGAACAUGGAAUCAAUGGGUGUUGAGCGAGGGAUGAUAUUUGUUUUUUUGCGCAGUCUUACUCAGAAUAAUAGGUGGAAUAUGUUGGGCUGGAAUAUGAAUUAUUGAAGACCUGAGAAGCUCUUGCUUUGAGCAUUGUUUGUGGCUUCAAUGUUGGAAAGGGAUCAGCUCUGCACAAUGAAAGAAAUAGG